UAUACACUCGUACAUGUACUAGUAGAUCGUCGUAAAUUCGUAAUUCGAGUAAAUUCCAAUCAUUGUUAGCACACCUACAUUGUUAUACACUAUAACUACAUAUAUAGUGUCUGAGGAUUCGGCGAAAUGAAGAAUGAUUCGGACAUUGAGCUGCUUGAUCCGUUCAGGCACAGCAUGGAUGAGGUCAGCGACCGUUUCAAUGAAUACAUAGACCGCCAGAAGAAAAAGGACCUGCGACUCAAGAUGGCCAGCCUCAAGCUGCAGACGAAUUUGUGUGCGCUGAACUUCGAUAUGAUUGGCAUUCGACAGGACAUGGAGAAGUUGGAGCGAGGGCAGGAGCAGCACCAGCAGCUGCAAAGGGAUCUCAUGGUGCGCCUGGAGCCCGAUGCCAUUAAAGUAGCUCCUGCAGCAAAUGAGUCCCCGAAGGUGGAGACGCAGCACAGCCCAGCAGCGGAAGGAAAGGACGAAAUCGUUUGGAUUCGAUUCGGCACAAGCAAAUGCCCAUUUCAGAACUGUCAGCGCCAAGUGGACAGCCAGCUGCUUCUGCUGCACUACCUCUUCGACCACGAGCAGGAAGAGGCUGGCGUCCAGGAGUGCCACCGCUUGAUCGAGGGCCAGCGCGCGGUGUUGUCCUUUCAGCCAAAUAGCUGCCCCUUUGGGGUGAACCAGGUGCUGGGUCUGCUUGCCUACUGCGGGUCGAUGGAACAGCAGUUCGUACAGCAGAAGGGGCCACUGCAGAGAAAGGUCUACAACAGCUUCCUGCCGCAGCAGCACAUGCACCUGGAGAGCGACGUUCCCGUUGUGGUGCUCAUUUGCAAGACGAAGCCCAGUUCCAUGCUCUCGAAAACAUGUCAGGCGCGCCACAGCCAGCUGCAGGACAAGCACAAGGAUCACAUUUUCGUGAUGUGGCUGGUCACGCCCGAAAACAGGCGCAAGUUGAAUGCCACGCUGUACUUGAGCGGUCGCGAUGCCGCUGUCACGUUCGGCAGUGUGGUUCGCGUGCGGCGGGUCAACCGGAGCCAGGACACGCACUGCUUCAUGCGUAUGGAUACCAACUACUGGCGACUGACGUAUGCCGACAUGCAGAAGCUCUCAAACGACUUUCGCGACGAGCUACACCUGGAGAUCUGCCUCACAGAGGCACCGUCCACAUAGCUUCAUGUCCUUCCUGUGCGUACUUACACUGGCGUUGUCCUGUAGCGCUUUGCAUUUGGCCUGCUCGUCAGGGUCGCUCAGAUCCGCGAUGCGCUUUUCCAGCAACUGUUUUGAGUGGAAAAAAAAAUGCCGUUUAAUUACAUCAUUCGU